UAUCCUACUACGAACAAAAUGUUCUCCUAUCUUGCCGGUCUUGCUACCCUCCUUGCUGUCGCGACAGCCCAGAUCACCACCCCCUGUACUUACCAGGAGUAUGUGUGUGGUUCGACUCUGAUCGCCGGUGGAUACACUGCUGCUGCCGAACUGAGAGCAGCUUAUGAUCUCAACCCCGAUGCUCCCACCAUUACGGAUGCCCAGCUGGGCCAGGUCCUCUUCCGCUGCAUCGACCAAGCCGGUGGCAUUGUCGGCAACUCUUACUGCAUUGUCAACUGUGCAGUGAUUGGCGACGACACCGUCAACGAUAUGUGCACUAUGUAAGGUGGAGUGGUUUUAUUGCGAUGGUCGCUGCGAUGGCCAGAGUUUGGAAAUUGCAACUGAGGAGGGCGCGAGGAUUUAGAGCUGGGGAAUUGCGAUAGUGCUACUACUCUUUUUUCCCCAUGUUGUGGGUUUUUUUUAAUGAGAGCAGCGAUUUUUG